AUGAGGGUCCGAGUGCCCCGCUGCAGAUUGUUCUCCAGCAGAGUGCUCGCUGUCCUGCUCCUGGUGGCAGCGCUAGGAGCCUACUGCUACUACCACAGUGCAUCCCCAAAUACUUACAGAAAACCUGAGGCACAGUUUGCUGCCGAAGACAUCGUUAUCAAACUCCCGUCUCCCGAAGAGCAUGAAUCAUCAUCAGUACUUUACGAAAAGGAGGCACCAGAGGCAUGCCCCGUCCUGCACGACAGCACAGCCGACAUCGACACUGUCCACAUCUACCCGUUGUUCGAAUUCCAGCCGAGCUGGAUGCGUACGAAGGAGUUCUGGGAUAGAACUUUUGAAGAACGCUAUGACAGGAUCCGGAACGAUAGUCGCCGGCCCAAGCUAAAGGUGAUCGUGGUGCCACACUCGCACAACGAUCCCGGCUGGCUGAAGACCUUCGAGCAAUACUUCGAGUGGAAGACCAAGAAUAUCAUCAAUAACAUUAUCAAGAAACUCAACCAGUACUCCAACAUGACUUUCGUGUGGUCUGAGAUCACAUUUCUGAACGCUUGGUGGGAGAGAUCGCAUCCUAUUAAACAAAAAGCCUUGAAGAAGCUGAUCAGAGAGGGUCGUCUGGAGAUAACUUCUGGGGGCUGGGUGAUGCCCGACGAAGCCUGCACGCACCUCUACGCACUGGUGGACCAGUUUAUCGAAGGGCAUCAGUGGGUGAAGAACAAUUUGGGAGUAGUUCCUAAAACCGGGUGGUCGAUCGACCCUUUCGGCCACGGCCCCACCGUGCCCUACCUGCUGGAGCAGAGCGGGCUCGAGGGCGCCGUCAUCCAGCGCAUCCACUACGCCUGGAAGCAGUGGCUGGCCCAGCGGCAGAUAGAGGAGUUCUACUGGAUGUCAGGGUGGUCCAGUAAAAAACCCUCCCUUGUAGUUCAUAACCAACCCUUCGAUAUUUAUUCGAUCAAGAGUACUUGUGGGCCUCAUCCGUCCGUCUGUCUGAGCUUCGACUUUAGGAAGAUACCCGGGGAAUAUUCGGAAUACACCGCGAAACAAGAGGAAAUUACCGACUUGAAUGUUCACAGCAAGGCGAAGACUCUGUUCGAGGAGUACGAGCGCAUUGGGUCGCUGACGCCGCACAACGUGGUGCUGGUGCCGCUCGGCGACGACUUCCGCUACGAGUACGGCGUGGAGUUCGACGCGCAGUACACCAACUACAUGAAAAUGUUCAACUACAUCAACACUCGCAAGGAUUUGUUCAACGGUCACGUGCGAUUUGGGACACCAUUGGACUAUUUCAGAGCGGUAAAGAAACGACACAAGGCUAUACCGACGUUGAAAGGCGACUUCUUUGUCUACUCGGAUAUAUUUAGCGAGGGCAAACCCGCCUACUGGUCCGGUUAUUACACUACGAGGCCUUACUUAAAAAUCCUAGACAGGCAACUGGAACAUCAAUUGAGAACUUCAGAAAUCCUUUUCACUCUCGUCUCCAACUAUAUUAAACAAUCUAAAAACGCAAAAUUAAUUUCAUCUGAGAAGAGAUUAGAGAAAUCUUACGAACAACUCAUAAAUGCACGGAGAAAUUUAGGACUUUUCCAGCACCAUGACGCUAUAACGGGAACUUCUAAAGCUAACGUCAUGUACAACUACGGGACGAAGCUGUUUACAAGUCUGUACCACUGCAUCCGCCUGCAGGAAACGGCUCUGACGGCCGUCAUGAUCCCCGACGAGAGCUUGCACUCCCAAAACGUGCUUCAAAGCGAAAUAGAAUGGGAGACUUACGGAAAACCUCUGAAGAAACUUGAGAUUUCACUUUUUGAUAAAAAGAAAAUUAUUGUAUUCAAUCCACUUGCGGAAUUGAGAACUGAGAUUAUCACUAUCAGGUCUAACACGACCAAUAUUAGAGUGUAUGAUACACGUCAAAACGAGUAUGUUCUUUACCAAAUCUCACCAAAUCUAGAAAUCGGCGCUGACGGCCGCCGCUCCAUCAGUGAAACUAGUUUCGAUGUUCUGUUCGUGGCCACGCUGCCCGCGCUCACUGCCGUCACCUACAACCUCGAAGAGCAUACGAAUAAAUCCCAUCACUGCACCGUCUUUUGCAAUAACUGCGAUUCCGGUCAAAAGGCGGAUUCUGAUAAAAUUGAAAACUUUGUAACAAAAAGAAUGAUGCAAGGUGAUAUACAACUAGAGAAUAGUGUUAUGAAAUUGCUGGUUGCCAGAAAUACAGGAUUGCGUCAAAUAUAUAGGAAAGAUUUGAACAGAAAAAAUGUGGUUGAAAUUCAAUUUGGCGCUUAUCAGAGCGCACAGAGACAUUCCGGGGCUUACCUAUUUAUGCCAGAUAAUGACAGCCCAGAAAAGGACAUUUUAGGGCUGUACUCCAACGUGAACGGCGAGCAGGACGACAACAUCUUCAUCGUGUCGGGCCCGGUGUCCACUGAAAUAACCACCAUGUACUUGCCCUUCCUCGUCCACACCCUCACCAUUUACAACGUGGACGAUCCUGCGCUCUCGCACGGCCUGUACGUGGAAAACAUAGUCGACUUCGAGAACCCACCGAAAAACCGGGAGACCGAACUUUUUAUGAGAAUUCAAACUAACAUACAGAAUGGAGAUCCACAGGAAUUUUAUACCGAUCAAAAUGGAUUCCAGUAUCAGAAACGAGUUAAAGUCGACAAGCUGGGAAUCGAAGCCCAUUACUAUCCGAUAACGACGAUGGCUUGGUUGCAGGACGAGGAGACCAGGCUGACGCUGGUGACGAACCACGCGCAGGGCGCGGCGGCCUUCGAGCCCGGCCGCCUCGAGGUCAUGCUCGACAAGAGGACGCUCUACGACGACUACCGAGGCCUGGGCGAGGGAGUCGUGGACAAUAAAGUCACGCUCUUCCAGAACUGGCUGCUACUCGAACCGAUGCCCGACUUGCAGAGGACAGUAAGAGAAGCGGGAGCGCAAGAUUCCCGCCAAUCCAAUGAGCGCUAUUUCAGGCCAAAUAAAAAUCCAUUUACCAAAGAAUCUACAUAUCAGUUGCCGUCACAAAUGGCCGACUAUUUAAGCAGGACGUUGAAUUAUCCAGUGAAUACUUUCCUGUUGGACACGAGUGAAGUGGGAGAAGUAGAAGUGAAGUCUCACCAGACGUUUGUGGAGAACUUCCCGGCCGGCGUGCACCUGGUCACGCUCAGGACCAUCACGGACGACAUCCUGGACCAGUUCCCGAGCUCUUCCUGCUUCAUGGUGCUGCAGAGGCCCGGAUAUAGCUGCUCCGUAGGUUCGCAGCGAGAUAAAUCCACUAAAUUCACAUCUAAAACUUCGUUCACGGGCUUGCGUAUAGAGAACAUUACUUCGGUAAGUUUGACCGGCUUAAAAACUUACAAAUUCCUGUCUGGAAUGAAAGAUGUUAAGAUAGAUCCUAUGGAAGUAUUAACUUACAAGAUCCGGUUUUGA